GUUUCCAGGCAACAACAAAACACUGUCGUUGCCAGGUAGAUGUUUUUCAUAGGAUAUUAUCAUACAUGUAAACCUAUUCAUAUGGUUCAAUUUAGAAUUGUUGUUCUAUACUGAUCAAUUUUAUUAAGAUGCUCCAAUAAUCUGAAUCAGAUAAACAAAGUGAAAAAUUAUCCGCAUUAUCGAACUGCUGUCUAUUGGUCCGAAAGUAUAUUUAGUUUGGCUGAGAAAUCCAGCGAGGAUGAAGAACUACAGGGAACUUGUCAACGAAGUAACAAGGCUCCUGGAUGAGUUUCAAGAAGACAAACAAUGCAUUGACAAUUUUACACAGGAUGCUGCCAAGGAUCUUAAGAAUCAUUCCUCUGCUGACCAAAAGUUUAUUAUUGAUACUUUGUAUGGGUGUAUCAUGCGCAAAAAGCUUUUGGAUGUUGUGGUCAACAUUUUUUACAUGCACCAUGGACAAAUUCUAUUCAGAGUCGACCGAAACCUGUUCAUUGUUGUCUGUUAUCUUGCCAUCUUCCAUCUCGAUGAUCUUGGCCUGGAUCAUUUCAGUAGAAUUGUCAAGUCUCUAGACAUCUCAAAAAUGCACAAAUUCCUGAGUUUUUUCUUUAACGUCAGCAACCUCUCAACACAUAUCCAGAGGGAAUGGAGUCACAUCUAUGAUGCUGCCGUCGUAGAUAGUAACUGGAUCACCCCACUGCUGAGAUGGUGCAGUGAGAUCGAGGUGCUGCUGGAUCAGCUUGCCAGAAAAAUGGGCAGAGGAAAUCUGCCGAAAAAGUCUCCCAGGAAAAACACAGAACCCAGGGAAUUUGAUCUGACCCGGCCCAAAGCUCGACCGCUCCCUGCUCCUGAAGUCAUUCCACAGCAAGACAAGUCCAAGCCGGUACCAGUCACAACUCACAGAUCUCCAAAGGAACCAGAGAUUCUGGAUGAGAUGAGGCAGAGGAACCGACAAAAAGCUUUAAAAGUCCUGAAUGAAGCAAACUCUAAACAAUUCAGCUGUGCAAACCCACAGAAGUCUGAGAAAACUCAAAACGUAAUAUCCCAGAUUCUUCAAAGCAAUGAUGCAGAACUCAAAUUUGACCAGCUUUAUACUUCUGGCAGCCCUGCCACCCAAAAGACAAACAGCUUACCUGUCAGACUGAACACAACAGCCAUACUGCGAGAGGGAGCUUUAUAUAAUCGUCAACUGGAAGAAGAGUUACAAAGAUUCGAGCGAUUGUCACAGGGUGCAAGCGAGCCAUCUGCGUACCUGCAGUGGCAGAAGGAGAUGAAGGAGAAGGAUCUACAGGAGGAACUUGCUGAACUGGAGCGCCGAAGACUGGAGGGACGGAUCAGCCAUGAAGAGGCCGUUCUUGCACGAGAACGCGUCUUGGAGCGUAACCACCAUAAAGCUCAGCAGACUAAAGAGCAGACUGAACACCUCAUGCGCAAGUAUGCAGAGAAACGUCUGAAGGAGGAAAAGGAAAUGAGAGAGCUUGUGCAACAAGUGGCAGAUGGUCACAAGAACUCCAAAGCCGCCAAAGCUAAGCUACAAGAAAUCAAACAACGGAUAGUUAAGGAAGUCUCGGAGCAGAGCAGGGAACUCCUCAGCCAGGCUCUGGAAGAAGCUCAGGCCGAGCUAAGCAGGAAGAUGGAGCUCAUCCGUCAGAUUCGUGCUUUUGAGACAGUCUCUCUGGUCAGACAAAACUUUGUGGAUGACACUGAGACUGCAGGUCAUGAUUUGCUGUGUGAGAUGUCUCUGGCGGAGCUGCGGGAGCGUUUGGCACUCCUGAGAGAGUCAGAACAGUGUGAGCUGGAGGACAGAAGGCAGCGGAUCUUUCAGGAGAAACAACUCAAAGAGCAGCUACUACUAGAACAGCUGGACAAUAUCGCUCUACGCAGAAGUCUGGCAGAACAGGCUGCUUCUCGCAGUCAAGAAGAGAAAAAGAUGAGAAGUGAACUGCGGGAGGCUGUCAGUAGAGAUGAGAGAGUGCUGGCCCUACAGAAGACUCUGGAGCAAAAACAACAGGAAAGACAGAAGAGAAAGACUGAAAAAAACAGUAUGAAGAAAAAUGAACAGGUGAACAGUCCACUCACAGUGAAGACCUCCCUCAAAAAGCAGCAGGUUCUUGAGGAACAGCACUGGCAGGAGUUGGAACGCAAUUUGGAACAACAAAUUCAUGGGGCCUUGGAGCAAUCAUCUAAAAAAAAUGGUGCUGGUCAGAACCACAGGCGAGUUUUCUGAUGCCUAAUUACUAUUACAAUAUAAAAAAGUAGAAACAAUUGAUAUUGUAAAA